AUGAUAAACUCCAACCCCUUGAAUGUGGGUCGACGACGUGUUUUCGGCUCAGUCUUCUCCCCCGCGCCGUUCGAGGCCCGCUCCUCCGGCCGUGGCGUGGAUCACGGCAAUACUCAAGCUGCAUCGCCAUUCCACCCCGAUGCUUCAUUCUCCACGAUCAGAACUGGCUCGUUCAAUUCGCCACAACCAGGGAAGUCGUUCUCAUCGACUUUAGAUCGGGAAACAUGGAAUCAGGCAUGGUGUCUCGCGAGCGACUUCUUGUCAUUACCACAUGAAGGAUUUGCUGAGGUUUACAACGCGCGAGGACGCGUGGAGAGCAAAGGAAAGGCAUCAAGAUGGCACAGGCCCCCUUCCCAGGAAGUGGCCGAGGCGCUUUCGUACCUGGCUUGUAGCGAGUCGAGCGAAACGUCGUCUGAACUGAAUGGUCUCCAUGAGUUGCUUCUUUGGUAUGGCGGCGAGAUUCGACGGCACUUCCUCGCCAAUAUGCGACAGGGCCUGCACGAGCUGUUUCGACGCGAGGAUCACGAAGAAUUGAUAAGAUCCAUUGUCGAAUGCUUGCAGCUUGCUCGACGCAUGUACUUGACUCCCGUGGCUAAUCAUGUACUUGAAUUCGCUGAGGCAGAAUAUCGGGAAAAGCUCAUGGCUCAAUUACAACGCGUGUUUCACACGGUGGUGUCGUACUCGCUCCCUUGGUCAAAGAUAUCACCACUAAUAAGUGUCGUGCUCGCUAAAGAGGCGCUGAUCAUCCUUGGUAUCGAUACACUGCUGAAGGAGGGAGAUAUGGAUGCAAAUGAUAGGGAUGACGAUGCAAUGGAGGUUGACCGCCGUUACUCGGUCUUCUAUGAUCACUGGAGAAAUGAGUCUCCUGAAGGCCGUGAGCGUAUGAUGAUUGAAGGGGAGGACAAUCACGUCACCACAGCUCGAGAGCGACUUCUUAUGUUCCUGCAGGGUUUGCAGCAGGUUGGACUUGGCGGUGACAAGACCCAAAAAGUCUUUGCCAGCGUGAUGAAUAUUAUGAUGACCGAGUUCAUCCGCGCGGCGUACACCGGAAAGAGGGAGGCUCCUUCAUUAGUGCCUCAACACUUGCGGCACUGGGUUGAAGAUGUCUUUGCGCGGCUGGUGGUACAAGUGCUGGCGAUCAUACACCAUCCUCGGAUGGUAGAUCAGUCAACCAACAUCCUGAACGUCAGCUUCAGCGACGUCGAAAAAUGGCAGGAAAUGGGCAUCGCUCGACUAGGAACAUUGCGCACUAGCGAGCUCUUUGAUGUCAUUGUGGAAUGGCCUGCAAGCACUGGAGCCAUUGAAGAUUUGCGACACUUUACCACAUAUCCCGCCGCUCGAUCAUAUCUUACCCAGAACUUCAUCACAGUUCUGAACCAACGCCUGCUUCACCCAGGUGCAUCGACUCUGGAGAUUCUUCAAUUGUACAUCGCUAUCAUCCGUGCUUUCAAUCUCAUGGAUCCAAAGGGUGUAAUCUUGGACCGCAUUGCUCGUCCUAUCCGUCGAUACCUUCGAGAUCGCGAUGACACUAUCAAAGUCAUUGUGAGCGGGCUUUUGGCCGAACCAACGUCCAUUCCAAAUCGAGGCGCUUUACCAAGUACUCAUGAUACACUGGCGGAACUCUCAACAGAAUUAUCAAAGGCUCAUCAGCUCUCCAUAGAAAACAACACGAGCGAACUGGACUGGGACGAUAUGAACUGGAUGCCUGACCCGGUCGACGCGGCACCGGAUUUCAGCAAAUCAAAAGGCACCGACGUCAUUGACAGCGUUGUCAGCUUAUUCGACUCCAAAGAAACAUUUGUCAAGGAGCUCCAGACCAUGUUGAGUGACCGACUACUCCAGAAUCGGGAUAACUAUGACCAGGAAAUUUCCGUCCUCGAGCUUCUCAAGAUACGAUUUGGAGAGUCCACUCUGCAAGCAUGCGAGGUCAUGCUGCGCGAUAUCUCAGACUCUCGCCGUGUCGAUGCAUCCAUUCGCAGAGAUCAAGGGCUUGUCAAACUACCCACCCGACCAAGGCCCAAACGUUCAGCACACGCUUCCUUCCCUGAUCUUCAUGCGAAAAUCCUCUCUCGCUUCUUCUGGCCCACCAUUCCCGAGCAAGAAUUCAAAAUCCCCGACGAAAUAGCCGCCCUCCAACAACGUUAUGCGGCUGGCUUCGAGGCCCUCAAGGCCUCCCGAAAAUUGACCUGGCUGAACGGACUGGGCCAAGUCCUUGUCGAACUCAAACUCGCCGAUCGAGAAUUCUCCGAUCACGUAACCACCUGGCAAGCUACCGUCAUUCACGCCUUCCAAUCCGACUCAUCCUCCUCCUCAUCAUCAUCAUCAUCCUCCGCAAGCGAGGAGACCAACUCAACAACUGAGCGUUCGAUCUCCUCUCUGGCCGAACAGCUCUCCAUGACCCCUUCCCUUGUUCGGUCUGCCUGCUUAUUCUGGGUAGGCAAGCGCAUCCUCGCAGAAUCCUCCUCCUCCAGCGACACCUACCACGUUCUAGAAUCCCUCCCCACGGAAGAAGAGGAACACUCCAGCACAACCCACCACGCAGGCCAACAAGCCGGCCAAAGCGCAGGCACAAACACAAGCACAGGGCCCCCAGACAACACGACCCUCACAACAAGCGCUGCCGACGCAGCGGCGGCCGCCGAAGCCGCCGCCGCUGCAGCAGCCAAAGAAUCCGCCGACGCAGCCGCCAUGGAGAAAAUGAACUUAUACUGGCAAUUUAUCAUGGGCAUGCUCACUAAUCAGGGCGCGAUGCCGCUGCAGCGCAUCGUGAUGAUGUUGAAAAUCGUCGUGCCGGGUGGAUUCCCUUUUAGUAAUGAGGAAUUGAGGGAGUUUUUGGCCGGUAUGGUUGCGAAGGGCAAGGUGGAGAUUGUCAGUGGGGGGAAUUAUAAGCUGAUCCAUUAG